AUGGCCGGCGCUCAAGACCUAAGCGAGGAGGAAGCUUCGACCUAUGCUACACGCGGCCUCCUUCUCGCCAAAGGGGUCAUCCAGUCCCCUCCGAGCGAUGAAGAAGAGCAGAAGGAGGUUCCUGGGGACACAUCCCAGCAUAAGGAUGUUUCCUCCAGUCCAGCCGUGUCGAAAAAGCGUUCCAGGGAAGACGAGAUCACGCGCCUCACCAAGAAGGCAAACGCGCUCCUCCAGGAAAUCAACAACCUCAAGCAUGGUGAUCCCGACGACCUUGUCGACCUCACCGAGGACGACUGA